AUGACGCACUCGCGCUUGAUGAUGGUGACUCGACUACGUUUGCAGUGCUGGACCCUCAUGACGGGUGCGAAAGCUGUGGUGAAGAUGCAGCGUCAUUGUGAAGUUAUAUACGUCAAGGUGCUAGAGGUAUAUCGGUACUCGCCCUGUCACCCUUCGACAAUUAUCACGCGAGAUUUCCUCCGCAGUCAGUGUGAUAGUGGCCCGUGGGAGGCAGAAAUCUCCGACAGGCUUUGCGCACGCACUUUCAAUGUUGAUGGCGUUCUCCAGAACGCUUCCGACUGCGCUGGCUGGCCGAGUGCGCAAAAGCUUGUCACUGUUAGUGUGGCUAGCAUCGUGAAGUUCACGAUCAUCAGGGUUGCAGAUCUGCAGCCCCAAGCAGAUGUCGGUGGUGUGUGCUACUCGGUCAUGGCGGAGCCGGACUCCAACGUGCAGCGGGCCAGAACAUGGGGCUUUCUCAGCUGA